AUGAAUCAUUACGCUACUAAGAAGAAUGCAGCGCAGAGCAUGUUGGAUGUGGCUCUUGUGAUGGCGAACUGCUCUCAGCUAAAGAGAGUUCUGCAUUCAGGACCUCAGCACCGCUUCUACAUUCCUCUUAUUGCUCUGAUCUCAAUGUCCAUCUCACUGCAGAUCAUUGUUGGCCUCCUAGUUUACACUUGUGUCUUGAAGUAUGACCUGAAUGAUGUUAAGAAACAGCCAAGGCUGAACACAAUGAAUGAUGCAGCAACUAUUUUUGUCUUCUUCACUGUUCUUAUCAACAUCUUCAUCACAGCAUUUGGAUUUGAGUCUGGAAGAAACAGCAUCUGA